CCCAACCGGGCGGCGGGGAAAAGUGGAAUCAGAUUGUUAGAGAGAAAGAUAACCGAAGACGGCGAAGAGUAAGCAGCAAUGUUCGGAGCUGCUGGUAGAUUAUGCCGUAGUUUUACUGGAUUACCAAAAUCGAACUUCUUCCUCAACAAAAGUAAGUUUUUCUCUUCAGCAACCGUUGUGAAACGUGUCGGCACUCACAAUGGAAAGUUUCACUGCGACGAAGCUCUUGCCUGCUUCAUGAUUCGUUGCACUGACAGAUUCUCUGGCGCUCAAAUCAUCCGAACCAGAGAUCCUGAGGUAUUGGAAACGCUUGAUGCGGUUCUAGAUGUUGGUGGAAUUUACGAUCCGACUAGAGAUCGUUACGAUCAUCAUCAGGCAGGCUUUGAGGAGAUCUUCUCUAAUGGAUUCCGCACCAAACUCAGUAGUGCUGGUCUGGUUUAUAAGCAUUAUGGAGAGGAUAUUAUUGCGAAAGAGAUCAAACUUGAUUGCAGCCAUCCCAAUGUGAAGCAGUUAUAUAUUGCUAUCUAUAAGAACUUUAUUGAGGCUAUUGAUGCUAUUGACAAUGGAAUUAGAGAAUAUAACACCAAGAAAUCUCCAAAGUACAUAAAUAACACAGACUUGUCCUCCAGAGUUAAUAGAUUGAAUCUGAACUAUUUGGAUACUGAUCAAUCUAUAGAGAGGGAGAACAUGGCCUUCCAACAGGCAAUGGCUCUGUCUGGGAGCGAGCUUUUAGAGAGCAUUCAUUUUCAUGCAAAAUCAUGGUUACCAGCACGAUCAAUUGUGAAGGACAGUAUUAUGGCAAGAAAAGAUGUAGAUUCAAGUGGAGAAAUUAUGGUGCUGAGUAGAUCCUGCCCUUGGAAGCUUCACAUAUUCGAGCUAGAGGAGGAGAUGAAGAUUGGUUCUUCCAUCAAAUAUGUUAUUUAUCAGGAUGAUAGGAGUCAAAAGUGGAGAGUGCAGGCAGUAGCAGUCUCACCUGGUAAAUUUGAAAGCAGAAAACCUCUACCUUCUUCUUGGAGAGGUUUAAACGAUGAAGAACUCUCUAAAGUUGCAGGUAUCUCCGAUUGUACCUUUGUGCAUAGUAGUGGUUUUAUUGGCGGUAAUCGUAACUAUGAGGGUGUCCUGUCUAUGGCAAGAACAUCUCUAGUUACAUCAUAAUAUUAUGCUCACCCCCUUAUACCUGAAUUCUUUGUUUUAGAGAUGUACCAAUAGUUGGUAUUUUGUCUAAAUUACCAAACUUGUUAUAUCUUUCAUAAAAUUAAAUUUCAAAUCUU